GGAUGAGUCCUAGGUUUUCAAACAGAGCCCAAGUCUACUUAGAGAGAAAGUCAUUAUACUUUGCAUUGAUGAUUAGAACUUGGAUAAAGACUUCAUCAACUUUGUCCAACUCUUUCUUGACCUAGGAAAAUUCCACAUCCACAAGAGGAAAUGGCAAAAAAAAAAAAAAAAAAUCCCUCACUUCAGCAAAGAACUUGAAUUCUACACAACCACAAAACCCAAAUGCAAUAAAAUUAUUUGUGUUCUUGACAAACUUUUCUAUGUAAGACAUGUUAUUUUACUUUUUAUUUUAUAUCUAUAUUUAUUCAUUGUUUUAUUCACUAAUCCCCUGGAGAGACAUUUUUGUUGUGACUGUUGAUGGAAUAAAAAAUAAAAACAACCAUGAAGUGGGAGGAGCGCGCGCGCACACACACAGAGGCGCGCACAGGCCGCCAGGGCCGCAGAUGAAGCAUGACGGAGCAGAGCGAGACAAAGCAAGGUGACCCGGUCCAGCGUGUCAUGCUCCGUCAGCCCUUCCUGAUCGGCGUGGCGGGCGGCACAGCCAGCGGCAAGUCAUCGGUGUGCAACAAAAUCAUGGAACUUCUGGGUCAGAACGAGAUCGACCAUCACCAGCGGCAGGUGGCCAUCCUCAGCCAGGACAGCUUCUACAAGGCUCUGACCCCCGAGCAGAAGGCCAAGGCACUAAAGGGCCAGUUCAACUUUGACCAUCCAGAUGCUUUUGACAAUGACCUGAUAAUCGCCACCCUUUGGGACAUCAAGGAAGGGAAAACGGUCCAUAUCCCGGUUUAUGACUUUGUCUCCCAUUCCAGGAAGAAAGAGACGGUGACGGUUUAUCCUGCAGACGUGGUUCUGUUUGAAGGCAUCCUGAUGUUCUACUCUCAGGAGAUCCGAGACCUUUUCCAGAUGAAGCUGUUUGUGGAUACGGACGCAGACACGCGCCUGUCACGCAGAGUGCUGAGGGACAUCAGAGAACGGGGCCGGGACCUGGAGAGCGUCCUGGCUCAGUACAUCAACUUUGUGAAGCCUGCCUUUGAGGAGUUCUGCCUGCCGACCAAGAAGUACGCAGACGUGAUAAUACCAAGAGGAGUGGAUAACACUGUCGCCAUAAACCUGAUCGUCCAGCACAUCCAGGACAUCCUGAACGGCGGCCUGACCAAACAAUUCAACAGCUGGAUCAGCAGCUAUAAGUUCAUGAAGCCGCAGCAGCCCAGCGUGGAGCCGAGCAGUUGACCCCACUGACCCGAGGGAAACACAGCGUCGCAGUGCUCCUCUCCCUACAUCGUUACCUAGAAACCGUAAAAGUCUGAUUCUGCUCAGACUGCAGAGAUCUGGUCAAUCAGGGAUCUGGAUUCAAGCUUC